UGGUAUGCUCUACCGCUUCGUCGCCCUCGGCGUCGCGCUGGCGUGCGGGAUCUGGACCGGACUCGCCGUGCAGGAGAAUUACGACGAGAUCUGUGACGAGGUCCGCAAGAGCAUCGCCGACACCGACAUGCCCCAUGCCGACCGGGAGAAGAUUGCCGAGGCGGUCGUGCAAUUUCUGCCGGCCGGGCUGCCCUUCGCCGCCUUCCUGGUCACCUACAUGGCGAUGGCACUGCUCGGGUACCUGAUCAGCUGCGUCUGCUCCUGCUGCGGCUGCUGCGGAGGCUGUUGCGGCUGCGGCCCCGGCCACGAGUACGCGAUGAUGCCUCCCACCGUCGCCAUCGGCGGGCAGUACCGCGUGAUGCUCGUUCCACCGCCCACCGCCCCGCGCGGCACGUGGUCCGACGGGCUCUGUUCGUGCCUUAGCGACGCGCCCGUCGCACUGGUCGCUUGCUGCGUGCCUCCUCUCUUGCCCGCGAUGCUGUACGAGCGCGUGACUGGGCACGCGGGCUCGUGCAAGUUGCUAACCGUCUUCGUCGGCGGACUGUGGCUUCUCGCAACCUUCGGCGCGCCUGCCUUUUGCCAGUACGGCGGCAGCUUGCCGAGCCACGUGCCAAACGAGUGCCGUCUGGUCAACGCCGCGUCGACGGCGUCGAUGGUAUGCAUGGUGCUGCUGGUGUGGACCGUGCGGAGCCGGGUGCGCCAGGCCUUCCACAUCCCGCCCUCCUGUGCUUGCGACGCCUGCGACGACGGCGUCUGCGCGUGCUUCUGCCUGCCGCUCACCGCCGCGCAAGUCACGCGCCAUCUCAACGCGACGGAGGGGACCCGCUUCUCGCUCUCCUCGCCGACCGGAGCCGCGGCGCGCCACUUCCCGCCCGCGACAGGCCGCGCGCCGCAGCCCGCCUACGCUCCGCCGAUGGCGGUCGCGGCGCCCGUCCCCGGCGCGGCGCUGCACCAGGCCGUCCCCGCGGGAAGCGAGGUGCCGAUGGGGCUGCCGGUGACGCCGCCAAAGUGAGGCUGCGGAGGUGGUGGUGGAGAAGGGUGUGGCCUUGUGGGGGAAGGGGGAGGGAGCGGGGAAAGAAGAGAGGGGGGGGGGGGGUCGGAACGAGGGAGCGCCGCAGGCGCAGGCUUGUGAGUGGCGCGGAGAAGGCCUAGGAA